UUGGUCCUUAACUUGUUGUUGGGAGAUAAAAGUCUGGGGUCUGGGCAGACGAGCUUGAUUGGGCCUGGGGCGUGUGGUGAGCUGAUCUUGCACGAGACGGCAAAGUGACAUGUCUACGUUGUCGAGAGAGGCGAGCACCGCGCUAGCAAUCGGAGGCGCGGUGGCCUUAACAUUGGCCGCCACUUGGUACCAUCGGAGUCGAAAGAAUCGACCACCCUCUAAAUGGCGGCAGGUUGGGCAACUCUCCAAGUUGUGGUGCUUCCCGAUCAAGUCCUGCGGAGUGGUAGAACUCGACGACGCUCUCUGCGCCACUCUCGGAGUCAAAAAUGGCAUUCUCAGAGACAGAGUUUUCAUGGUAACUCGUGAAGAUCACGAGUUCAAGACGGCAAGGACGUACUCGACGAUGACACUGAUCCAGCCGAAAAUCGACGGCGCCGUGUUGACCCUGAGCGCGCCGAACAUGCCUGACAUCAGUUUCUCCAUCGAUGAUUUAGCUGGCAAGGAAAAAAUCGUCGCAAACGUGUGGGGUCAGCCAGUGGAGUCAAUUGACUGCGGCGACAACGUUGCAAAGUGGCUUUCACAGUUCAUGAUCGGAUCGGACUCUGGCUGCAGACUCGUUUAUUACCCAAAAGAAAAGUCAACGCGGACUAUCAAAGAAAAACACUUGUCCUACAGUCUGGCCAAGCCUAAAGAUGGGGGUGGCUUUAGCGAUUUCAACGCGUACAUGAUCAUCAAUGAAAAUUCCAUCACCGACCUGAACGAGCGUCUACCUGAGGGAACGACAAAAUGCUCACCCCUUUGGUUCAGACCUAAUUUCGUGGUGAGCGGAAGCGGCGCCAAGCCAUACGAGGAGGACGACUGGCAAUGGGUCAGGAUCGGCGAGACCAUUUUCAGAGUCACCAAGCCAUGCGAUAGGUGUGUGUUCACGACAAUCAAUCCGAGCACCGGCCAGCGGGAUGAGAAUAUGGAGCCGCUGAAAACUCUAAAAACGUACCGUCAGGUCACAGAUCCGGCCGUGCGUCCAUUCCACGGCGACUCUCCGAUUAUGGGCCAGCACAUUGCUGUUUACCAAGAGGGCCCUGUUCGCAUCGGUGAUCCGGUCUUUGUUCAAGCCUGAAUUUCUAUAAUCCAUUCCAAAGAACUCAAUCACAAGGAAAUUUUUUAUCAAAAUCGAUUUAAAAUAUUGUUUGUUGUAUAAUAAUUAUUUUCCAAUCACCGUAAUGGUAUAUUAAGGCUCAGAAAAAUUAAAAAAAUAUAUAUUUUUAAUACUGCGAGAGCUUCCUUGAAAAGCAAUGAAAGAAACUAAAGCAAUAUUUAAUAACAACUAUUUUCAAACGUAUGGGGGUAAGCUAAGCUGUGUGUGUUAAAAUGAAGACGAAAUUGUUGGAAUAAAUAAAGUUAACGAGAUUUUA